AUGUUCGAUUUCGCACUUCUCUUUAUUCGUCUUCAAUUUGAAAAUUUUUGGAAUCAAGAAUGGAAGUUCUCAAAGACUGGCUGUGCACCAAUAUCAAUGUCAAUAUCGAUAUCUACAUGA